GCGAUCCACGCGCGUAUGAUGAACACCCUCAGGAGGAGGAACCAAAAAAUUUGCCAUUUACUUAACAUCACUUCGCCAUCACAGCGUAAGCAAACGCUCCUCCGAAGGUGCAAUGAGAAGGGAUCGCUCUUAUUUGAAGAGCUGCGAGGUCGAGGACGAUUAGAAAACAGAGCGCGCGGGACACCACUUCAGCUGAUAAGAAAGUAGCUCGCGCUGCGGUGUCGCGCCUCCGGUAGCUUUAUUCGCUACAUUAAGCUACAUUAAGCUACAUCUGCAGGGACACUACCGAGGUCGACGGAGCUACGCGUUGGCAUGUGAGGACAAUUCCUACGAAGACAAGCGGAUUUUCGCUUUCAACUUCGAGCAAAUAAUGGAGAGCUGAUGCUCCCAGGCAAACCUGACUAACAGCCCGGAGCCAGGAGACAAAGCCUCCCUCUGUAAACCCAGGCUGUCUACAUUGUUAUCCGUGACCUAAUCCUGUCCACUGAAGUGAAGUUGACCACAGAGGUGUCAUGGCGGCAUAUGGACAGACUCAAUACAGCCCUGCACUCCAGGCUGCUGGACCGUACACUCCGUACACACACCACACGCAGGCCUACAGCAUGCCCUCCUACAACAUAAAGACAGAGGAUGGUCUGAGCCACUCUCCAGGCCAGACUGGACUGCUGGGGUACUCCAACUUCAACAGCACGCCUCCCAGCCAAGCUCUCUACAGCUACUCUGCACACGGUGGCAGCAUAUCAUCUGGAAUCUUCCAAGGCACCAAUGCAAUCCCGGGUUCAUCUCCGUUCAACCCCACCCAGCAAGACUUCUCUGCGUACUCCAGCUACAGUCAGAGUCAGUACUCUCCGUACUACAACUCUCACCACUACAACAGCCCCUACCUUACCAGUAGCAACAUCAGCCCCGCCGCCAUCACGUCUCCAUUAGCUUAUCAGCAUCCAGAACACUCGGCCAUGCUGCCCAAUCACAGCCCAGAGUCACAAGGAGAGUACCAGCCACCGCCAAGCCCCUCCACGCCAGGGAAGGAGGAGACGGUCCAGACCAGAAGAGGCUCCGAUGGGAAGCUGAGGGGGAGGAAGAGGGUCACUGAUCCAGCUCCGCCGCUGGAUUCUGACAUAGAACGUGUGUUUAUCUGGGACCUGGAUGAAACCAUAAUCAUUUUCCAUUCUCUUCUCACGGGAUCCUUCUCCACGCGCUUUGGCAAGGACUCCUCCAAGGCUGUGUCUCUAGGUCUGUGGAUGGAGGAGAUGAUCUUCAAUCUGGCCGACUCCAGACUCUUCUUCAACGACCUCGAGGAAUGCGACCAGGUCCACAUCGACGACGUGGCGUCGGACGACAACGGCCAGGACCUCAGCACGUAUAACUUCGGGACGGACGGGUUCCAGACCCCCGCGGGGGCCGGCUCCCUCUGCCUGGGCUCGGGGGUCCACGGCGGGGUGGACUGGAUGAGGAAGCUGGCCUUCCGCUACCGCAGAGUAAAGGAGAUCUACAGCACGUACAAGAACAACGUGGGAGGUCUGCUGGGCAGCCCUAAGAGAGAGGAGUGGCUCCAGCUGAGGAGGGAGAUGGAGGUCCUGACCGACCUCUGGCUGACCCAGGCGCUCAAGGCCCUGGCUCUCAUCAACUCCAGGCCUAACUGUGUCAACGUGCUGGUGACCACCACCCAGCUGAUCCCUGCCCUGUCCAAGGUGCUGCUGUACGGCCUGGGCUCCGCGUUCCCCAUAGAGAACAUAUACAGUGCCACCAAGACAGGGAAGGAGAGCUGUUUCGAGCGCGUCUCACAGAGGUUCGGACGGAGAGCGGUCUACGUUGUCGUGGGCGACGGAGUGGAAGAGGAGACGGUGGCCAAGAAGAAGACGAUGCCUUUCUGGAGGGUGUCGUGUCGAGCUGACCUGGAGGCGCUCAGCCAUGCACUGGAGCUGGACUACCUCUAGGGGGCGGCAGCCACCAACACCACCACCACUCUGCUUCGAACACGUUGGCUCUGGGAGAGCGAAAGACUCAGGCGACUGAGUGAAAUGGAUCCAAGACACUGAUGAAAGCAGCUUCGUUUCUUUUUGUUUUUUUUAUCCCCCGGUGGUCUUCAUAAUGACUUGGAGCGGACAACCGAAACAGGAAGCAGCCUCACCUCUUUUGACUCAAGCCAAGAGGACAUGUGGGGAGCUCUGUUUUUAAAGACAUUUUUCGAGGUUUUGUUUUGAAAUAAGGGACCAAAGUUACACAUCUAACCACAGGGAACGCUGUUUAUUACUGGAAAAACGUUUUUUCUCGGUCAUUUAUGUUUAUUUUAUCAUUGUUUUGACAAAGGAUUAAGGAGUGGCGCCCCACUUUCGGUGUAAACUAAAGGGUGUUGCACUGAAAGGAAAAUUGUCAACAUGACACGGAAUCUAACGUUCCUUCCAGUAGGAAUCCCAGGUCGUCUCUUGGGAAUGGGGAGAGAAUCUAAUGAUUUCCAGUAAACAAGCCAACUUCAUAGAGUAGAAGAAAAGGUUUAACACCAUAACAUUAUUUGUAACUGAUAUCCCACCUUCACUAUAUUUUAGAAUCACUUUAACUUUGAAUAGGCUAGAUACAUUACAUUUACCUAUAUAGUUAGAGCCUUUAAAAAUAGAUCAUAUGUUACAUUUAAAAUGUAAGUUAUUUAUUAAUUAGUGAAAUCCCGUAGUGAGUAAGGAGUGAUUUUGGAAACAAAAUAUCAACGGAGAGGAAAAAAGGCCCAAUUUCUAAAAACAAUAUAUUGAAGAUGCUGUAUGAUAGGCUUUUGGUUUGAAUGAUUACUUGUGAUAAGGGGUUGUAUAUUUUGUUCAUGUUUUAACUUAGCCCAUAAUCUCUGGUAUGGUUGUCUAUGGGCCAUUUUACACUCCUACUGUCAGUUGGCUACUGUUUGUAUAUAAUGCUUUAUUGUUACAUGUGUUUUUCUUGAACAGUUAUAAUAGAUUAAUAAAUAUAAAUUAAAUGCA